AUGAAGAAGUGCUGUGGUCUGGCCCACCAGAGAAGGUUGGUUGCCACCAACGAAUUUGUCAGCCUUGCAGCUUUGGAAAAGACGGUGACGUGUCGGGCAGCCCUUGGGUUUUCUCCGAGUUUGCCAGUGGGACACCAACAGCUGCGCGUGUUGGGGUCUACCACCCCACUUUGGUCUACCAAUGAUGAUGAUAACCAAUCCGAAGAGGAGGAAGCGGCUCGCCUCCAGAAAAAGGCCAGUGAACUACGAGACCAGAUUCGUCAGAUGGAAGAACAGUUGGGAGGAGAACGAAAGCGCAACUACGAAAUCCCCACCCCAGUGGAACCAGAAGAAGAUCUCACCUUGACGGGAAAAUCACUGCGACGCAAGCGAGUACUGGUGGUAGGUGCCAAUGGACGGCUGGGUUCCAUGGUGUGUCGCUAUCUCUUGCGAAACACCACCGACGACACGGAAGUGAUUGCCGCCGUCCAUUAUGUGGGAGAAGACUCGUACACAUCACGUGGAUACGGAAGAUUGUCCUACGAAGUGGGAGCCGAAGAUGGUGUGGGUAACAUUGGUGCUGCCUGGUCGGCCGAAGAUCGAGUCGCGACGUUUCAGUACACGGACGAAAUGAAAAGCUACAAUUUGCAAAAUCUGAGGUUAGUCGAAGUGGAAUUGCUCAAUCCGACACAGUGCGAUACCAUUACGGAAGGAGUCGACUCAGUAAUCUGGUGUGCGACGGACUACAAUGAUAAUCAACCCAGAGCGGUUUCAGGAUUGAAUGUGGCCUUUCUCUUUCGAGCUGUGACGGAUACAACAAAGGGAAGAGUGGAAAUCGAAGGACUCCAGAAUAUUCUCGGUAGUCUCAAGAAAAACUUGCAAGAAACGAGGCGUAAAGCUGGCAAGGAUAUCAGCGCGGUCAAUCCCAAUGAUCCUGUCAACAUGGUACUAGUGUCUCCGGCGCCUGGGAUCUUUGGAAACUUUGAAACACCCUUUGGAGAAUUCAACGCCAUUAAGCGACAAGGGGAACAGAUUGUCUCCAAGGAGUUUCCUAGCCUGACCCACACCGUAUUGCAAAUGGGCAAGUACGAAGACAACUUUGUCGAGGAAGAUUUGGAACUGCUGUUCGAAGAAUCUUCCUGUGAGUAUGAACAAGAAUUGGAGAAGGAUAGCUAUCGAGUCCGCAUCAAUCGAAGAGAUGCUGCAAGAGCAGCCGUUCAAGCCUUGACGGAUGAGGCGAUUGAAGGAAAGAUUGUCAAGUGCUGGACUGCCCUGAGAGGAUAA